AUGUUUCGCUUUGGUUGUUACAUAGCCGAUCUACAUAACCAAAUUGAAAAACUUGGUCAAGAACAACGAAAAAUUGGAAGUAAAAAUGACAAAACAUAUUAUCGAGGUAAACGAUAUUCAAUCGAUGUCAUACAACAAUUCAAGGAUAGCAUCGGACAUUUAAUCGCUUUAAAUGGACUUCUUUCGACAACUGAAAAUUACAUUACUUCUACAGUAUUUGCUGGUAUGGGAGAAACUCAAGACGCUUAUCAAAGCGUGAUAUUUGAGUUCAACGUUGAUUCUAAAAUGACAAAUUUAAUCAGACCCUAUGCAAAUAUAAACGAUCGUAGUGCGUGUCAAGACGAGGAAGAAGUUCUUUUUUUCAUGGGUUUUGUUUGGAAGAUCGAAUCAAUGAAAAAAAUUGGUACUAAUGAUUGGUAUAUUGUACUUCAAUCAUGUACAGACUAUGACCCUGACCUGAUCACAUAUAUUGAACAAGCAAGAUGUCACUGCACAUAUAUUACUGUUGGAAAUAUCUUGCAAGAGCUGGGGGAUCAUACCAGUGCAACAAACUUUUAUCAACGUAUGCUUUUGAAUGAAACUCUUUCAGAUGAAACUCGUGUUAAUUUCUAUUUUAAUAUGGCCGCAUUGGCCGAGGAUCAGGACAGAUAUUUUGACGCGGUAAAUUAUCUUAUACAAGCAAAAAACUUGAUUAAAUCGACAGUAUCAGAAAACAACGAAGUACUAGCUCAACCAAAACCUCUUUUUGCAGACAAUAUUGUUCCCUCUCAACUAAAUCUCUUCAAUAAUAUGGCUCGAGCAUAUAUGAAAGCUGGGAAAUAUCAAUCUGCUAAAAAGUGUUUUGAAGACGCUCUUCAACAAAACGGCUCGGAUAUUCAACGCGCCACUGUAUUAAACAACUAUGGUCUGCUUGAAUAUACGUGUAGAAAUAUUCAACAAGCCGAGAAGUAUUUCCAGCAAGCAGCUGAGUUAGCUAAAAACGAUGCACGUGGUCCCGAAUUUAAACGCAAUCUGGAUAUAGUCAGUAAACACAUUCCUAAAGACACUGAAACAACUGAUGCAGAACGGAAAUCUGAGCAGACGUGUUAA